GGCAGCUAUUUUUAACCGGCAGGGCUGAAAUGGUGAAAUGCGUCCUCCGGCUUUCCGGUGGGCGGUUGGUCUCUUUCUUUCCCUCCUUCCCUCCUCCAGUCCUCCCUCUAAUAAUAAUAUUCCUCAUUCCUCAUUCCUCAUUCCUCACCCUGCAACACGAGUGGAUCAUCCCCCGUCUUCCAUCCCAGGUCCCAAGGUCUUCACCAGAAGACCGUUCCAUGGGUAUCGCAACUGGGCAGCCCAGGGCCGGAGCUCCGUGGGGAACGACCGGUUCUCUCGGCGCAGGGGGGGCAGAUGAGUGAGUGGCACGCAAACUGACGAUAGGAUCAUCCCCCAUCCCUCCGGCCUAGCGGCUUGGCGGCUGAUAACCGGCCUGCUUUCUUUCUCUUGCUAUUGCCGAAAUGGUCGUCGUCCUGUCCCACCAGCCUGCAGCCGUCAUUCGCAUUAUUCUCCCUCCCAAAGACACUUCGUGUUGGCGUCUUUGAGCUAGUGCGCCCCAGACUGUCUAUCAUCCAUCGUCUCUUGUCUUUAGCCCGCCCCGCCGACGACGACGACGACGACGACGACAACGACAACGGUAGGAGUCUGCCAUAUCCCCCUCCCCUCUCCCUGUUGGCCGAUCGCUGUCAGCCGCAAACUCGGAUUAUUAAUUUCCUUCCUGUCGUCUCAGGUGUCUCUCUCUCCCACCACACCAAUACGCCCCCGGCCUCGAUUCCCUCUCACCCGCUGUCCCGCCACACUCCGACCGCCGCGAGAAGGCUGU